AUGGGAAUCUGGUCAUGGUGGGCAUUUGAUAUAUUUACCUUCAUUGCAUCAAUGCUUAGUACAGAUGAACUCGCUGCUUAAACUAUUUGUAGAAAUAUUGGGCUAAUAUUCUAUAUGAUACCUUUGAGUGUAGGUUAAGCAUCCUCAACAUUAGUUGGAAAUUCAAUCGGAGCCCAAGAUAUUCCAAUGGCGAAAGGAUACAUAAGAAUAUCUGUGAUAACAGGUUUAGUUUGGGGUGUUAUUAGCGUUGUCUUGAUGCUUUUGUUUUAGCAAUAAAUAAUCCUAGCAUUCAGUUAGUCUCCAGCAGUAAUAACUUAGAUGAAUAGAGCUUUUGAAAUAUUAAGUUUUUACGUUUUCCUAGAUUGUAUCUAGCAGACAGCAGUAGGAAUUAUCGGAGGUAUAGGUAAAUAGAGUUAGAGCUCAUCCAUCACGCUCAUUGGAUUUUGGCUUGUAGGUAUUCCUGUAGCUCUAAUAUUGGUAUUCUACCUUGAUUCUGGAUUAUUUGGCUUAUGGCUAGCAAUGAGCUUAGCAUUAAUUUAUGUCUCAAUCUUUUACUUUGUUCUAAUUAAAAGAGCUGAUUUCAAAGAGAUAGCUUUGAAAGCAUAUAUUAGAAAAAUAAAGGAUAAAGGAAAUUGA